GUGCCUUUUCCCUAGGUACAUCAAGCCUAUACCUUAUUUUAUUUUCUGGGCUGGGUCUAGAAUAUUUGUUGCUGAUGACAGUGCCACUAAUCUAGAUUAGGACCAGUCCAUUGUUUGCCAAAGCCAACUCGGGACGAUUGAUGGAAGUACCGUAAGGGUAGGUAGGUACCUAGGUACCUCAGCAAGUACCUACGAAAUACAUGUAAGCAGCAGGAGCAAGCAGCAGCCUUUGUUUGCUACCCGUCCACGUGAACUGGCGCCUGGGUCACAUUGCGGAAAAAUCAACAUUUGGAAGGUCAAGUGUGGCGCGUUUCGCCUGCCAUUUCUAAAACACCCAUCGCAGAGCAAGGCCUCUUGAUCAACUUAUAUAAUACCUAACAUACCUAGGUGUAGGUACCUAAGGUAGGUAUUCAUUUUGGGACCGUUGUCUAGAUAAUCGUUCCGAUUUGAAUUAUUUGCACGCAAAGUUCUCGAAACCACAAUACCUUCUAAACGGAGUAGUCUGACAUAUCACAAGUGUUAUAUGUCUUGAUUGAGGCGGACCGCAUAUUCUUCAGCCCUGGCGUCAUCGAAUUUAUACCGAACCCUGUUGAGAAUAGACCCCCACGGCCAAUUUCACUCACUUUCUAGAGUUCGGGUCAACAGGUGUUGUCAACAAGACAAUCCUACAAAAUCGCACAUCAAAUCAGUCUCGGCAUGUCAUUCUGCGUCCUCGUCGAAUAUGACAGCAACUCGCAGGUCUGCCCGGCUGAGUACAGCCUUGGAGAGGAGCUCGGUAGCCACAGAGGCAUCGAAGACAGCCAGCAUGCCGCCGCCACCUUUGAAGCUGGCCGCUAAAAAUGACCCAACCAACAAACGGAAAUCUCCGGCAGAUGGCUCGCCAGGAUCUAUCAAUCAAGAGGAACCAACCACUCCAAAGAAGCGCCGUACUGCUGCUCCUGCCGCCUCACCUCUACCACCUCCAGUGACACCCACUCCAAGUGCCGUUGGUCUCAUUUCUGGACUGGGCCGACCAUCAACCACCCCGAAGUACAAGGCCGUGGCUCGGCUCGCCGACGCCCAUGUUGCAAAUGCCCAGCUGCUGUCGCCAGAGACUUCGCGGGUCGUAGUUGCUGCGAGCCACCUACCAGCCCAAACUACUUCAUCGUCACCAUCGAAAGCAGGAAUACCUAUCAAGGGGCCGACGACCACCGCUACCCUACUCGAGGAGGCAUGUGCACAUCUCAUCCGCGUCGAUCCCCGCAUGAAGCCUUUGAUCGAAGCCCACCAUUGUCACAUUUUUAGUCCGGAGGGACUGGCUGAGAAGAUCGAUCCUUUCGAGAGUCUUUGCAGUGGCAUUAUAAGUCAACAAGUCUCCGGGGCUGCGGCGCGCUCCAUCAAGGCCAAGUUCGUAGCAUUGUUCGCCGAUGAAAAGCCUGGCGAACUUUUUCCCAGUCCAUCCAGCGUCGCGGCUGCAACCAUUGAGAAGCUUCGGACCGCUGGGCUUUCCCAGCGCAAAGCCGAGUACGUCAAGGGCUUGGCGGAAAAAUUUGCUUCGGGUGAGCUAAGCGCGCAGCUGUUUGCCGAUCUCCCAUAUGAGCAAGUUCUACAGAAGCUUAUCGCGGUCCGGGGUCUUGGGCGGUGGAGCGUGGAGAUGUUUGCUUGCUUCGGGCUGAAGUUCAUGGACGUGUUCAGCUUGGGGGACCUUGGCGUGCAACGAGGAAUGGCCGCCUUUUCGGGCCGCGACGUAGCUAAGAUGAAAAACAGCAAGGCCGGGAAAUGGAAGUAUAUGAACGAAAAAGAUAUGACCGAGCUUUCCGACCGAUUCAAGCCUUACAGGAGCUUGUUCAUGUGGUACAUGUGGCGAGUCGAAGAGACAGACAUUAGUACAAUGGAGUAGGCUCUGUGUCUGGAUAGUCAUGGACUUGACCGACACACUGCCAUCUCAUGCGUGGCAUUUUCUGUCGGCAUUGAAUCAAUUGAUAUGGCUUACUACUUGUUUCACCCGAUGUUCGGGGGAGGUGCAUCACGGAUCCGUCUCAUCGUGAUCCGUGUGGCUCUGCUUGAGUGAGUCCCGUCGAGAUGGUUUGAGGGGACCUAAAAUGACUUGAGCUGCAUACCGGUCUCUCGGUGAGGUUUCCUUGUGAUACCGUAUGGCAUGUGCAAUCAUUUGUCUGUACUGCCUGCGUUGUCUGGCUUGUUACACGUUUCUCCGCCCAUAUACAUGUGGCUCUCAAUUCCCGCUAUACCCAUAGAUACUGCCAUGUGGCUUACUAUAUUAGGAUGUCAGACCUCGGGCUUGGUGCAGCGUAUUCCUUAAUGCGAGGUUUAACGUAGGGGGAAGACUGCUAGUAGAUAUCGUGGCCGGCAUGAGUUGUCGAGCGGCCAGGUCUCCGGUUCCUGGGAAGUCAGACAAGGCCGAUGAAGUUUUAGGUUCGUCAAGUGUG